AUGCACGCGAGAGACGUGAAAACGAAAGGCCGCCAGGCCGCGGACGAGGAGAGUGUGCCUUUCUUAGGCGCAACAUUGCCCACAGUUUUGGUUCAAUUUUUGGAUGCGCACAUCGACAGUGUUUGCAAAUUAACAGACCUAGAUCCAGUCAUGGAGGAGUAUGCCUCGCGCGUGGCCUAUUGCAUCCCCAUAUUGGCCAACGCCGCCGUCACAUACGACGUUUCGAUUCAACAGACGCCGGAGAUGCAGAAGGAGGGCAAGCCUCCCGGCGU